AUGACUCCCGAAACUGAAGAGGACCUAGCUUAUACUCUUCUGAUAGAGCUGUUGGCACAUCAGUUUGCCUAUCCAGUGCGAUGGACCGAGACGCAAGAACACAUCCUACGGAAUAUCGGCGCAGACCGAGUGAUUGAGGUCGGACCGUCGAAUAUUCUGAUAAACAUGAUGAACCGGACGUGGGAGUCAUAUAUGCAGGCAGAAGACGUAGCGUGCAGCAGAACUCGCAAGUUUCUUGGGCCGCAAGGGAGUUCUGAUGAUAUAUACUAUCGGGUAGGACCAGAAGAAAAAACAGAAUCCACCACUCAAAGCAAACCCGCCGAGCAGAAGAGCCGUGGCCAUGAACCAUGCCCAUCUAAACCACGUCCCGCAUCAUCACCGUCAGCUACUAUAGCUCCCGUCACCACACCAACACAACUCUCACAACCAGCGGAGAAGCUAGCCGACACCGCCGUACCAGCAAGCAUGCAAAUCACAUGUAUCAUAGCAAAUAAAUUGAAAAGGGAACUUGAGGGCAUCUCGCCGGAGAAGACCAUCAGCAAUCUUGUCGGUGGACGAUCAACCCUCUCAAAUGAAAUCGUCGGCGAACUUGACGCGGAGUUCCCAGGCAUUCUGCCGGACAGGCCAGAAGAGAUACCGCUCAAGGAACUGGCUGAAACACUCCAAGCAGGCUCUAGCGGAAGACUUGGCAAAUCCACAUCCUCUCUGGUCGCCAAAGCAAUCUCCUCCAAGUUCCCGGGAGACUAUUCACAAUCAAAUGUUGGUCGGUACCUGGGUGAUAGAUGGGGUUUAGGCGUGAUGCGUCAAGAGGCUGCGUUGUUGAUGCUUGUUGCGAAGCAGCCCGUGUCCCGUCUGCCUACUGCCGAUGCUGCAGAGAAGCUUCUGGGUGAGGUGGCCGCGGGAUACUUUGCGCAACAAAGCCUCGCUCUCCCUGUUGCCACCGGAGGCGGUGGUGAUGCAGCACACAGUGGCGAUCCCAAGGCGCUUCAGAUGGUCAAUGAGAAGGCUUCGACUCUUCUCAAGACCAUUUCCGAAGCUAUUCAAGCACAUUUGGCAGGCGAUAAUCCACUUUCACUUGCACAUACUGCCAAUGACACAAACUACGAAGCCAAAACACUCUCCCCGGCAGAGGAAUUGGACAUGUGGCUUGCCGAACACGGAGACGACUAUGCACAUGGUAUGAUGCCCAAGUUUGACGCCAAGAAAGCGAGAGUGUAUGAUUCAUACUGGAACUGGACUAUCCAGGACAUUGUGAGAUUCAUCAUUCUCUGCAAGGACGCCAAGGCCUCCGAUGCUCAGACCGAGAUGGCAGAACUUUCCAUGAGCAUCAGUAACCGCGCGUGUCAUCGCUCCAUCUCGUGGUUGCAAUACCUGAAGCGCCAAGCAGAGGACGAGGCAGGAAUAGGAAGUAAAUGGCUAGCGAGCAUUUUAGCCCUUCUCUCCGAGCAAUGCAACCAGGCCAAAAAUAAGGAUCCGGUAUUUACUGAUAUCAUGUCGAGUAUGGCUCCCGUCACCAAGAUCGAUCCAAGCGGAAAGAUCACAGUAUCAGAGGUGCCGCGGAAAGAAUUUGGCAGAAAGGGAUUGUACCCAGCUGAUGCACUGGUCAAGGGCAUGGGUCCAAAUACCGAAUUCACCGUGGCAACGUUCAGAAACAGCCAGACUUCACAUUCGCCAACCCUCAGCCUGGUCUACCAACACGACCUACAGAUUGGAAGAGAAUGCGGCUUCACCUUUGCUGGGAAGAACGUUCUGCUUACCGGCGCAGGCAAGAAUUCCAUUGGCUUCCACAUCCUGCGAUGUCUCCUCGCCGGUGGCGCCAGAGUAACGGUCACAUGCAGCAGUUUUUCCACGAAAGCUGCGCAGAUGUACCAGAGCGAGUACGCCAAGUUUGGUGCCAGGAAUUCCGUCCUGCGGAUAGUGCCUUUUAACCAGGGGAGCAACCAGGAUGUUCACAACUUGAUCCGUUGGAUGUAUGGUGAUGAUGAAACUUGGGACCUCGACUGUAUUGUUCCAUUUGCGGCCGUGUCGGAAAACGGGCGCGACCUGGAGAACAUUGAUUCAAAGGCAGAACUUUGUCAUCGGCUCAUGUUGACCAAUCUCUUGAGGAUGCUCGGCGCAGUGGCUCGGGCAAAGAGGGAGAGAGGUAUCGAGACUCGUCCCGCGACUGUUGUUCUGCCACUAUCCCCAAACCAUGGUCUGAUGGGCAGUGACGGCCUGUACUCGGAGUCGAAGCGGUCUCUAGAGGCGUUGCUGGGCAGGUGGACUUCCGAGUCAUGGGCCACGUAUCUCAGCCUAGUGGGUGUCAUCAUCGGCUGGACUAGAGGUACUGGCCUCAUGGACGACAACGACUCUGUAGCCCAGGCUGUGGAAGCCAUGGGGAUCAGAACAUUCAGCGCUCCCGAGAUGGCUGCCAACAUUGCCACGCUCGUAGGCGGACGCAUCAAUGCCGUUUGUCAGCUAGGUCCGUUGGUGGUAGACCUUGGGGGAGGACUGGGUAAAGUCCACGGGUUCAAGGAGAAACUUGCGGCAUGUAGACAGGCUAUACGUAAUGAGGCAGAUAUCCGAAGAGCCAUUGCCAGCGAGCUUGAGCGAGAACGCAGAGUCAUUUCCGGUCCCCAACAGCACGAUGUGAGCCUCGUGUCGCCUGCUCUAUCUGCCCUGUCGGCGAGAGCAAACAUCAAACUGCCAAUUCCCGAGUUGCCCAAUUAUGACACCGAAUUAGCACCGCUUGCUGACUCCCUCCAAGGCAUGGUGGAACUAGAUCGAGUGGUGGUCAUCACAGGAUUCUCGGAAUUGGGACCAUAUGGAAACAGCCGCACGCGCUGGGAAAUGGAAACAACAGGGGAUUUUACGAUGGAGAGCUGCAUCGAGAUGGCGUGGAUGAUGGGUCUCGUCAGAUUUGAUCGCAAUAAUAAGAACGGCCCAGGCUGGGUGGACGUGAAGUCUGGAGCUGCCGUGGAAGAGGCAGACAUCUACAACAAAUACAUGCCACGGAUUUUGGAGCACACGGGACUGCGGGUGAUUGAGCCGGAUAUCUGUGACAACUCUUACAAUCCUGAAAGCAAAGACGGAGUACAGGAAAUUGUGCUACAGCGCGAUCUGCCCGCGUUUGAGGCAACAGAAGAGAUGGCUGACAGUCUCAGACGCAAGCACGGGAGCAAAGCCAUGACAUGGCGCAACAAGCAUGGCGUGCUACAUGUACAGCUCAAGGCGGGAGCUGUGGUUAUCAUCCCGCGGGCAACGCGGUUUAAUCGCACAGUGGCUGGGCAAAUUCCUACCGGGUGGUCGGCGAAACAUUACGGUAUUAGUGACGACAUCAUUGAACAGGUUGACCCCGUCACGCUUUUUGCCCUCGUGUGUACAGUCGAGGCGUUCUUGUCGUCGGGAGUUGUUGAUCCGUACGAAUGGUACAAGUACAUUCAUGUGUCGGAGCUUGGUAACUGCCUCGGGUCCAGUAUGGGGGGGCUGUCGUCCUUGAGGAAAAUGCACAGAGACCGCUUCCUUGAUAAGGAUGUUAAGCCUGAUGUUCUGCAGGAGACCUUUGUUAAUACAACGGGCGCCUGGAUUAACAUGUUGCUCACUUCCUCGGCUGGGCCCAUCAGGACACCCGUUGGAGCAUGUGCCACCGCGCUUGAGUCGUUGGACGCGGCUUGUGAUCUAAUUACGCUGGGCAAGGCCAAGAUUGUGCUGGCAGGUGGCGUCGAGGACUUUGUGGAGGAUGUGUCGUAUGAGUUUGGGAGCAUGAAGGCCACCUGUGAUACGCAUGCUGAAUUUGCCGCUGGCAGGAGCCCACGGGAGAUGUCGAGGCCAACGGCGUCGUCUAGGGCGGGCUUUGUUGAGGCGCAGGGUGCUGGCGUUCAAGUUCUUUGUUCUGCAUCCCUGGCCUUGAAGAUGGGAUUGCCUAUUCAUGGUGUCAUUGCGUAUACCAACAUGUCAGCGGACAAGGUCGGCCGGUCUGUCCCGGCUCCAGGCAAAGGAGUCCUGACCAAUGCGAGGGAAGCGCGGCCUGCCGUCCACGAUAUUUCUUCACCAUCGUUGCCGUUGCUGGACAUAAAGCACCGCCGGAAGGCGAUGGCAAGACGGAUGAAGCAGAUUGACGACUUUGUCCGAGACAACCUAGAGGAUCUCGAUGACCGGGUGGCCACGAUGAAAGCCAUGAAAGCCACCGAGGGGGAAACAUUGUCGGACGAGAGUAUCGAACUCUAUCGUCGCGAAUACAUCGCGAGUGUUGGAGAGGAUGCUGCCGCUCAACGAGCCGAAGCCGCCUUUGCACUUGGCAAUCAAUUCUGGAGAAGCGACCGGCAGCAACGCAUCUCCCCCAUCAAAGGAUCCCUGGCAACAUGGGGCUUGACCAUCGACGACAUUUCCGUCGUGUCUCUCCACGGCACGUCGACUAUGAAGAAUGAUCUGAAUGAGCCGCUGGUCAUUCAGCAGCAGAUGAAGCAUCUCGGCCGUCAAGACGGGAAUCUCGUGCCUUGCGUCUGCCAGAAAUGGCUCACUGGGCACUCUAAGGGCGCCGCCGGGGCUUGGAUGGUCAACGGCGCGCUGCAGAUGAUGAACUCUGGUGUUAUUCCAGGCAACAGGAAUGCCGACAAUGUGGAUGAGCAACUGAGGCAGCACGAGCACUUGUAUUUCCCCAACACGACGCUUCAUAUCGGCUCAUACGGUGCGGUCAAGGCGUGUUCCGUGACCUCUUUCGGAUUCGGUCAGAAGGGUUCGCAGGCAAUUCUCGUGCACCCGCGCUACCUGUUUGCGACUAUUUCCAAGGGCGAUUACAAUGAAUAUUCAAGGACACGAGAGCAGCGCUGUCGGCGCGCGAGUCAGGCCUACGCUAAUGGGCUUGUCAAUGAAGACAUGGUGUCGGCGCGAAUCAAAGUCGACCCGCCCUACUCCAAGGAUGGCGAGAUGGAGGCUUUGUUGGACCCUUUUCUACGGUAUCAGAUCAAGGCAUAG